AAGUUUGUGAUGCGUUGCCGAGGCGGCGAUGCUGCGUUCUGAACUACAGCGUCGCUAAAAUGAGACCAGUGGGAAUCGCUUUAUAAUGGGCAAACCGAAGGAUUCCUGUGAAGCGUGGCAGCUCACCCUCGUCUGUUUUGCCGGCGUGUCUGCCCUCUACCUGCGCUGUACGCAGCGUUCAGUGCCGGGCGGAGACUCAGGAGAGCUGAUCACUGCUGCCUGCGAGCUUGGGGUGGCCCACCCUCCAGGGUACCCUCUGUUCACUUUACUUGCUUACCUGGCUUCUAAACUAACUUUCUUGAAAUCUCCAGCAUAUUGUGUCAACUUGCUUAAUAGCCUGCUGGGUGCAAUGUCGAGUGCUGCCCUGUGCUUUGCAACUUACAGGCUUACAAACUUUGCUCCAAGUGGGAUAUUAGUAGCAGGGAGUUUUGCCAUGUCUCACCUGGUCUGGCAGUGGUCUUUGGUGGCAGAGGUUUUCUCUCUGAACAACCUCUUCAUUGGUCUGCUGUUCUCUCUUACUGUCUGUUUCCACACUGCAGACUCACAAGAACAAAGAGCAAAGUUUUGCAGACUAGGUGCAUUUUGCUGUGGACUAGCACUCUGCAAUCAACAUACCAUUGUCAUCUAUGUGAUAGUCAUUUGUCCCUGGGUGUUAAUUAGGCUGUUAAUGAUGAAGGAACUUUCAUUUGGUCUUAUGGUUGAGCUUGGGUUAUGUUUCCUAGCUGGACUUUUCCCAUAUAUUUACUUGGCAGUGUCAUCAUUCAUGAACAGGGCCCGCUGGAGCUGGGGAGACCAGACCUCAUUUCCUGGAUUCAUGACACAUUUACUGAGGUCUGAAUAUGGAACAUUUAGUUUGGUAAGAGAGCUGCAAAAAACAGACACAGAAGGACAGAUGAUGAAAAUGAUUCUAGCCCAAUGGAAUCACUGUGUGAAGGACCUUUCUCUGCCAGUUCUAAUUCUGGCAGCAACAGGAUUGGUUAUGACCUUCUUUAGGAGGAAAUACAGCUAUUACUUAGUAUCAUGGAUACUAGCUUCAAUGUUCAUUGUGUAUUCCAUGUUUUUUGCCUGGAGCAACCUAGACAUAAGCAGACCCCUUUCCUUGCAUGUUGUGGAACGGUUCUGGGUGCAGAGUGAUGCAGUUUUAUGUGUUCUGUCUGGGCUGGGUUUAGCCUCUGUUUGCAAGGAGCUGGAAAAAACACUUGGCAACAUUAGAACCUGGAAGGGUGUAGCCUGGAUCUUCACCCUUGGCUUCAUUGUUCACCAUGCUCACAUCAAUUUCAGGCUUUGUGACCAGAGUGAUAAUUUCAUAGUGGACAGCUUUGCACGAAAUAUUCUAGCCUCCAUUCCAAAUGGUUCCAUCAUCCUUACCCGUGGAGACUUACCGGGUAACUCGAUGCGUUACCUGCACUACUGUGAGGGCGUAAGACCGGACCUCGCUCUUGUGGAUCAGGAGCUGAUGACUUAUGACUGGUAUGUUCCAAAGCUUGGUCCACACCUUUCUGAUGUUCAUUUUCCUGGAAGCAGAUGGAUGGUUUCCACUGAGCAAAAAAGAACAUUUAACUUGCAUAAUUUCUUCUCCUCCAAUAUCCAGAGAGGGAUAUUCAUCUGCAUUGGCCUGCCAGAUGAGGACCAGACCUGGCAGAAAGACUUCAUGCUGGUGCCCUGGGGUGUGUGUGACAGAAUCAUACCUUCCACAGCUCAGUUUGAUCCAGGGAAGUGGGCCCAGCUUACUCGUCACCUCUACAACUGGACCACACCUCACAACAGCACUUUUCCACCAGGAUCCUGGGAAGAAGUUGUCAACACUGAGAUGUGGCAGUCUAGAAUAAAAAUGCCGUUCUUCCUGUUCGACCUAGCUGAGAAACAAAAUAAGCAAGGCAAAAGUCUGGAGCAGCUUUAUGAACUAUCGUACAUGCUGUACCAUGAAAUUGUAAGCAUGUUCAAGAACCAUCCAGUAAACUGGCACAAGAACCUGGCAUUGGCUUGUGAGAGACUUUUACGAACAGGUUCAAAGACACAUGACCCAGAGAAUCUGCUUUCUGAAAGCAUACACCACUUUAGGCUUUAUUUGAAAGGGGAGCCUGAGGAUCCUCAGAGGUCUGCUAUAAUUGAGGCUAUCCAUCAUCUGAAGAAGGAGCGAGAACGCCUUCAUGAGCUAAAGAAGGACAGAGAAUCCUUAUAGAUGUUCCAUGUUUGCUCCAAAUGUUUCUAAUGAUUUAGCACAGGAACUCUUUAUCAUGGUGAAGACUUUAAAAAUUAUGGUAAAACAAACAGGGCUAAACAUGUUUGCUUGCUGCUUUUCAGGAAGACUUAUGCUUUAGUGAAACUUUAAAAAUGACCACCAUCUUUGGUUCUAAUUCUGGUGUCAUCUGAACAAUUGAUUCACUUUAUGAGGGAGUUGCGCUACAACAGCUUAUGACAUUAAUUUUUUGCUGUGACUUUUUUUUUACCUUUACAAAAUGGAAAAGUGUAUAAAAGUUCUUCAUUUAUUGGAUGCCGAUUUUCUGUCUCAGAAUGUAGUGGAAACAUAGACAUCCUGGUCCAGUAUUUCUCCAUUUCUUUGAAGGUGCUAAUUUCAUUUCUAGGAAUGAAGGUGCUAAUUUCAUGGAUAUGCCUUAAUAUUUGCAUCCAAAGAAACUUUUAAGAGAAAAAGGGCAAAGGGGCAUUUAUGUUUAGUUCAUUUUCUAGAAAACAUCUGUUUAUAUUGCUAAUAAUUGUUUUAUCAUCAGUUGGAAUGAUGGGAAGUGUUUUGUUCAGGCAUCUUUCAUCAUAAAUUGAUUAAAACAAA